GUAUUUGUCUGAAAAAAAAAAGUUAAUUGAAGCUGCAAGUUGAUGAUGGAUCUGCACUGAGACAAAAAGAUUGGCCUUUUUCUGAACCGUCAUCGACAAAGCUUUGCUGUAUUUCCGUCAAUUCUUCGACUGAGAGGAGAGAGAAAUUGAUCGGCAUCGAUCAUGUCGUUCUCGUUCUUCAAGCCGUCGAGGCCCAAAACUCCACAGGAGGUGGCGAAGGCCAUCAACGACAGCCUCAUGGCCCUCGACACCCAGACCGUCGUCGAAGUUAAAGCCCUCGAAAAGGCUUUGGAAGAAGUUGAAAAGAAUUUUGGGACAAUGAAGUGUAUGGUUUCUGGAGAUGGGGAGACCGAACCAAAUAUGGACCAAGUUUCGCAGCUGGCUCUUGAAAUUUGUAAGGAGGGUGUUCUUGAUCUUCUGAUUCACAAGUUACCUAUACUGGGAUGGGAAGCAAGAAAAGAUUUGGUCCAUUGUUGGUCCAUAUUAUUGAAGCAAAAGGUUGACUCUACUUAUUGCUGCGCAGAAUACAUUGAGAACCAUUUGGAGUUACUAGACUUUCUUGUCGUGUGCUAUGACAACAAGGAAAUUGCCUUGAAUUGUGGAAAUAUGUUGAGGGAUUGCAUUAGAUUCCCUACACUUGCAAAAUACAUAUUGGAGUCUGCGAGCUUUGUGUUGUUUUUUAAAUUUGUGGAGUUGCCUAACUUUGAUGUUGCUUCUGAUGCGUUCUCUACCUUCAAGGAUCUACUAACUAAACAUGGAACAGUGGUAUCUGAAUUUCUGACUGCUCACUAUGAUGAGUUCUUUGAUCUAUAUGAAAAACUCCUGACAUCUCCUAAUUAUGUGACCAGGAGGCAAUCUUUAAAGCUUCUCUCCGAAUUCCUUUUGGAGACUCCAAAUUCUCAUAUAAUGAAGCGCUACAUUUUAGAAGUUCGGUACUUGAAAGUCAUGAUGACAUUGCUCAAGGAUUCAAGCAAAAACAUCCAAAUCUCUGCCUUCCACAUCUUUAAGAUCUUUGUUGCUAAUCCUAAUAAGCCACGGGAAGUAAAGGUUAUCCUGGCUAAAAACCAUGAAAAGUUGAGAGAGCUGCUUGAGAAUCUCUCUGCUGGCAAAGGUGAUGAAGAUGAGCAAUUUGAAGAGGAAAAGGAGCUGAUCAUUGCGGAAAUCGAAAGAGUAGCCCAACUAUCUAAUUUUUGAUACAAGCUCACAUCUCCUAGCUGUGUUUGUUCUGAAAUCCUGUUUUUGAACUUUCAUGCUUUGCAAUGAUCUUCUGACAAGUUUUCCAAGAAAAGGGAAAAGCAAUGCAUAGAAUAUAAUGCUUUCAAUGCACUAGCAGGGAGUUGGGUGUAUCAAGAAAUGUAUGCCCUUGUAAUCUUUGUUGAAUUAAAAGAGAAAAACAAAAAAUCUUUUGAUACACGUGUUGUAAAAGAACUGAAAAAUUAUGUGAAAAUGGUUGCCCUUGCUUGAUUUAUCAAACACCUCCAGAUUGGAGAAUUCUACACGUA